GAUCGGCCGACAGGAAGCGCGGCGUCGCGGCCGAAGCCUCCGGGACAACACUCGCUCCGGGGAGCCGUCACGCCGCUUUCUCUCCCGUGGCUCUCGCGCGCCGAUGCCCGCGGCGGACUGUCGGCUGCUCCGUCAUGGCCGGAUCAUGAGGUGCCUGAGCUGCCUGCCGCUGCUGCCCGACGCCAUCCGAAAGUCCAAGAAACUCGGCGCGCUCCCGGCGAGACUCCCGCUGCCGUCCUACGACAAGCACAGGAAGAUGGCCGCGGAGCUGCGCGCCGCCAACGACGGCACCCCGGCGGUGGCGGACGCCGACAAGGCGGCGACCAAGGAGGCGACGACGGCGACCGUCAGUCGGGCCGCCGCCGCCGCCGCCGCCGCCGGAGGAGAAGCCUGCGCCGCGGCGCCCACCAGCCCGAGCGGCGGCGACCGGCCAACCGCAACCGGCAACAGCAACGACGACGCCGCCGACGCCGACGCCGACGCCGAGCCCCGCAGCUGGCAGGGCAGCCACCCCACGCUCAGGGAGAGGAACGCCUUGAUGUUCAACAACGAGCUGAUGGCCGACGUCCACUUCGUCGUGGGCCCCCCGGGGGGCUGGCGGAAGGUCCCGGCUCACAAGUACGUGCUGGCCGUGGGCAGCUCGGUGUUCUGCGCCAUGUUCUACGGCGACCUGGCCGAGGAGGAGGCGGACAUUCACAUCCCGGACGUGGAACCCGCCGCCUUCCUCAUCCUGCUCAAGUACAUGUACAGCGACGAGAUCGAGCUGGAGGCGGACACGGUGCUGGCCACCCUGUACGCCGCCAAGAAGUACAUCGUCCCGGCGCUGGCCCGGGCCUGCGUCGACUUCCUGGAGACCAGCCUGGAGGCCAAGAACGCUUGCGUGCUGCUUUCUCAGAGCCGACUGUUCGAGGAACCCGAGCUGACGCGGCGCUGCUGGGAGGUCAUCGACGCUCAGGCCGAGCCGGCCCUGCGGUCCGAGGGGUUUUGCGAAAUCGACGCGCCGACGCUGGAGAUCAUCCUGCGCCGCGAGACGCUCAACGCCAAGGAGGCGGCGGUGUUCGAGGCCGUCACGAGCUGGGCGGCCGCCGAGUGCCGGCGGCGGGGCCUGGGGCCCGGCGCCCGCAACCGGCGGCGAGUCCUGGGCAAGGCGCUCUUCCUGGUGCGCAUCCCCACCAUGAGCCUGGAGGAGUUCGCCGACGGGGCGGCGCAGUCCGACAUCCUGACGCUGGAGGAGACGCGCAACUUGUUCCUGUGGUACACGGCCGCCGACAAGCCCCACGUGGACUUCCCGACGGGCGCCAGGACGGGUCUGGCGCCCCAGAGGUGCCACAGAUUCCAGUCUUCCGCCUACCGGAGCAACCAGUGGCGCUACAGAGGGCGCUGCGACAGCAUCCAGUUCGCCGUAGACAAGCGGAUCUUCGUGGCCGGGCUGAGUUUGUACGGAUCGAGCGGCGGCAAGGCCGAGUACGGCGUCCGCAUAGAACUCAAGCGGCGGGGCGCCGUGCUGGCCCAGCGCCUCACAAGGUUCGUCUCGGACGGCUCCAGCGGGACCUUCCCGGUGUGGUUCGAGCACCCGGUUCAGAUCGAGCCCGAUGCCUUCUACACGGCCAGCGCGGUUCUGGACGGCAACGAGCUCAGCUACUUCGGCCAGGAGGGCGUGACGGAGGUGCAGUGCGGCAAGGUCACCUUCCAGUUCCAGUGCUCCUCGGACAGCACCAACGGCACCGGCGUCCAGGGGGGGCAGAUCCCAGAGCUCGUCUUCUACGCCUGAACGCCGGACGGACGCCGGGACAACCUGUCGUGUAGCAUUGCGACCCUCUUAACAGAGACUCUUCCGGAACGCCCCUUAUUUAAUUUAAGCUUUUUUUUUUUUUUUUUUUUUUUUAUUUAAACACCGCAAUAGUACUACUUUCCGUUCUAAAAACAAGCGUGGUCGAGUCGAGGCAACUCCUGGCGAUCCGCAAAAGUUGAAUGGGGGGCGAGCGCCGACAGACGGGUCGGGAGGCAACUCUACAGUUCGGUCGCCUCCAUUUCAACUUUUGCGGAACGCCGUGACCGAGACGACUGAGGAGCUGCACAGGACGAGUACGCUUCUUCCGCAAAAGUUGAAUGGAGGCACUGGACUCGUUCGUACAACCAAGAAGAGUCCCUCGCCAAAUAAAGUCCAGUUGAAGACCACUUUCACGUCCCAAAAUGCAGAUUCCAGAACUGUCUUCCAAAAAAUUCCAUUUUCUUUCCUUACUACCACAACCCCUCCACAUUUCUCCACUCAUUAGGAAUUCUUCAUUUUACAUGAGAAAAUGAUAACGUCAACGGACAAAUGUAACAAAACCUCCCAACCGAUUGAAACCAAAUUUCAACAACCAAGAAGAGUCCCGUUGCCCGGAUUGAAUUUUUCUGGAUUGGCGUGACCGAGAUGACCGACGAGCUACACGGGCGAGUAGCGUCCUGGGGUUUUGCACUUGAGGACUUGUUCUUGUUUAAAAGCAAUCGGUUGCCACAACAGGAGAGAAAAAGUGUUGAUGUACCAGGACGAUGACAUAAAAGUGAUCCAAAGUGCACACGUGGAUUCGCUUCUGCUUUCUGCGCCGAGUCAAAAACGGUAAACGCUGCAGUUGAACAAGCGCAAGUCCCGUCCACACACCAGAAGCGGGCAUGAGUUCUCAAGUGGCGAACGUGAGCUCGAAUGAAGUGCUCAUAGAUUAUUGACGCCAAAAUGAUUUAGGACGUUACGAAAAAGGAAAAAUGUCUGAACAGUCACGCAAAAUUUACAUGUCGUUAGCAUCCUAAAUCAUUCCAUUAUGCUUUUUAAUCAUUUCACCUGCUUCCUAAAUCAAUGACUGAAUGUUCUAGUGAUUUAUCAGCCAACCCCCCACCCCCCGCACGUGCAGCAUUGAGAAGAAUUAGAAGGUGUGUAGCGCACCUAUAGCGGGAGCUUUGAUGCAAAGGUCUCUGGAGAGCGCCAAGAAGGUUUUCCCCAAAGUGUACACGUUCACCUGGAAGGGCGACAAAAACGAUGACAUCGUCACUCAAGCGACACCGUCACAGUAAACCAAAAGCGUGUCACAACCAACCGUGUGAUGUCACUCUCGUCCCUGAUUGGUUGCAAGAAUGUAAACGGGAAGAAGGGCUAGCCAGCGACAAUGCUACAAAUAAACACCGUUUCAUACUUUUGAAUAGUUUUUAGCAACAAUCCAGUGGGAAAGUCGUGUGCGGGCUUGAAAGAAAUACUCUUCCUUCUAAAAGACGACCACAUGCUAACAUGCUACACGCUAACCCGAGGAUCUGUUGACGACAACUGUAGUUAAAUCGGCAUUCCAGCGUUUAAAGUCCAAACCGGUUAGAAGCGAUGCUUCGGAUUUUGUAGCGAUACGAUACCAGAAAAAAAAGGAGGGCGGUAUCGCCGAUGCCGAGAGAUAUCGAAACCGUCGUCAAUACCGAUUCAAAGAAAAUGAAUAUUAUGCAGUUGAAGAGAGACGUUCACACAUAUGCCCCCCCCCCCCCCUCCCCUCUCACUGUCUGACACGAAAUAAGACUCAACUUUUCCUGUUUCAGGUCCAUUACGAUGACCAAAAUCAUUUCUAUUUGCUACAAUGGAAGCAUUUUGUUUCCGUUUCAUUACUUGUCAGAUGGUUACAUGCAGUGAGAAUACU